GAAAUCGGAUCUUAGGUUAUGAACACUACACAAUAUAAAAUUUCCUGUCAACAAAUUGCUAUUGAAUCCGGGCUCAUAUUUAUGGGCUUAUUCGAAAAAUACCACGCUAUUAAUAAGGAAAUCUAUUGAUUAAAUUUAGCGAAAUCAGCGAACAACCGAACAAUGAGCGGCUUCAACUAUUCGAGCUUUAAUAGCAAGAAAAUGAACGCUGUGCCCCCUCCUGCUAAUUUAGGGGGUAGUACAGGCCCAAAAAAACUGAAUGCUGUACCGCCGCCAACCAACAUCGCUCCUGGGGUUAGAAAUAGUGCCGUUCCUGUUCCUGGCUCUGGUUUGAGCAAGCAGGGCUACUCCACAAUGACUUCAAUCAGUCAAAACGCUCUAACGGCUUCGUGGGGCACUGGAAGCAGAAAACGAGCUGUAACAGAGGACGAAUAUUUCGAUGUCGAUGAGGAGGAGCAAGUGCCAGAUCUAGCAUAUAUUCCAGCCCCAGACAGCCCAACAAGAUUAGAGAUGGAUAAAAAGCAAGGACAGGAAGAGGAAGAGGAUGAUCCAUUGGAUGCUUUCAUGGCUGGUAUAGAAGCACAGGUUGAAAAAGAAACGAAAAAAGAGGUUGUUCCAACGCAGCAACCUCCUCAACAACAACCUGUGAGGAAUGAUCUAGAAGAAGAAGACAACGAAGAAUCUUAUUACCGAUAUAUGGAGGAGAACCCGAACGCAGGACUUUUACCAGUUGAAGAAGACGGCAUUGAAAUAGAAUAUGAUGAGGAUGGGAAUCCAAUACCGCCAGAUAAGAAGAGAAUUAUAGAUCCUCUACCGCCGAUUGAUCACUCCCAAUUCGAGUACAAACCCUUUCAGAAGAACUUUUAUAUUGAGCAUCCUGAAAUUAAAAUGAUGUCAAAUGAGAAGGUGCUGGAGCUUCGAGGCACAUACGACCUUACAGUAAAAGGCACUGAUGUACCAAAACCCGUCGCUUCUUUUGCUCAUUUCGGCUUUGACGACAAAUUGCUGAAAACUAUCAUUAAGGCUGAAUAUUCAUCGCCGACUCCCAUUCAAGCCCAAGCAGUUCCAGCAGCAAUGAUGGGCAGGGAUGUCUUGGGAAUCGCACAAACUGGCAGUGGUAAAACAGCAGCGUUUUUAUGGCCGCUUUUGAAGCAUGUGUCCGUUCAAAAGCCAGUCGACGAAGGUGAAGGGCCCAUAGCGCUCAUAUUGGCUCCAACGAGAGAAUUAGCGCUGCAAAUAUAUACAGAAGCCAAAAAAUUUGCGAAAAUUUACGACUUGCGAGUUAUUUGUGCCUAUGGAGGUGGUUCUAAAUGGGAACAAAGUAAAGCUUUAAAGGAAGGUGCAGAGAUCGUAGUUGCUACUCCCGGACGAAUAAUUGACCAUGUAAAGAUCGGAGCUACGAAUCUGCAAAGAGUGACCUUUUUAGUACUUGAUGAAGCAGAUCGAAUGUUCGAAUUGGGGUUCGAACCACAAGUUCGGUCUGUAUGUAACCACGUCCGCCCAGACAGACAAACUUUAUUGUUUUCGGCCACUUUCAAAAAGAAAAUCGAAAGAUUAGCCAAAGAUGCCUUAUCUGACCCGAUUAGAAUAUCGCAAGGUAUCGCUGGACAAGCGAAUGAAGAUGUAACUCAGGACGUGCUGCUCCUACCUAACCAGGACGCAAAGCGCGAUUGGCUGUUUAGGAAACUAGUGGAAAUGUUAUCUGCUGGGUCAGUUUUGAUUUUUGUUACGAAAAAAGUCGAUGCUGAAAAGGUGGCAAAGGAUUUGCUUCUCAAGGAAUACGAUUGUUUGCUACUGCAUGGUGACAUGGAACAAGCUGAAAGGAACAAAGUUAUCACCGCUUUCAAGAAGCAAGAAGUACCUUUAUUGGUUGCCACUGAUGUUGCGGCAAGAGGUUUGGAUAUUCCUCAUGUUCGCACCGUCGUUAAUUAUGACAUAGCUCGAGAUAUCGAUACUCAUACGCACAGAAUCGGAAGAACAGGACGAGCAGGCACUCAGGGCACAGCAUACACGUUGCUUACAAGUCGCGACAAGGAAUUCGCGGGUCAUAUUGUGAGGAACCUGGAGGCUGCUAAGCAAGAAGUUCCCCACGAGAUAUUAGAUUUAGCACUACAAAGCGCGUGGUUUAAAAAACAAAGGUUUAAGAAACAAGAUCAGCAUUCGUCAAAUGUAGGAGGAAUUGGAUUAGGUUUUAAAGACACUUCUGCGGGUUCUAUGAGAGGUUUUGUCGCCAGCUCGUCGGGAAAUUUAUCUACCAGCGCUCCUGCUUCCACUAAAGGACCGGCGACCGACCGACUUUCCGCUAUGAAGGAAGCUUUCAAAGCACAAUACGUUAACCAAUUCACAGCCAGCGCCGAAAAUACGCCAGUCGCUCAACCAAGAAAAAAGAAAAGCCGAUGGGAAUAAUCUCAUUUAGAAUUUAAUAAGCUACAUGAAUAAAAAAUUAUUCAACAACUGUUAAAGUCGCGUUUGUCUAGUUGUAUUGGCUAAGUAAAAUCUUUCAAUAGUGUUAUAUACUUGUUAAGUUACUAAGACUUUAUGGCUUCAGUAUAAGGUUUCAUUAGAAACUAAUUAUAUUACAUUAUGCUAAUCACUACGGAUUAGUAUUGAAACUGAAUGAAUUUCUUUGAUAAAUAAAGUAGAAACGAUAAAGAAAGA